CGUCACAGUAGAGGUAUGGAUCUCAUCAACGAACUCCCGACGGAACUGCUCGAACAGGUGUUCGACCAUUUCGGUCACGUCCAGCAGCACAUUGUGAUGCGUGCCUGUGUUCGGUGGUUCCAGAUUUUGUCCAGCGAUCGGUACAUCCGGCGGCGGCGGCUCUGUCUGUGUGCCUACAAUCUGUGCCGGGACGGAGACAGCCUGGAGGAGAUGGGCCGGUACCGGGCCUUCACCGUCAAUUCACUGGUCACCAAUCGGAACAAGAACGUUUUUCUGAAACCGCUGCGGGAGUUCCUGUUCGACGGUGGUGUUGUGCGACAGCUAGAAGAACUGCGGUUGACGCAGUUCCGGCACUCGCUGGCACAGUUGUUUGCCAGUGAAACCAAGUUGCAUCUGCCGAAUUUAAGAAAAAUCAGUUUUCAAUACUUGAAAGAGACGUCGGAGGAAGACGUGUCCAGUUUUCAGUUGGUGGCUCCGAAUUUGCGUGAAAUUGAACUGGAAGAUUCGAAUUCGUCCGUCAGUCCCUUGGUUCGGCUAUUCAGUGAACAGAUCGAGACUCUACGGGUGGCAUUUGAACACAUUGAACAGUUCAGUGCGUCGAUUGGAUCGAUGAAGUUUGCGAAUCUUCAAAGUUUGACACUGACAGCCCGAUCCGAGUAUUCGUUUCAGGAGUCAAGCGAUAGUCUGACCAACAUCGAAUUGUUCGGUCGGUUGAAGUAUUUAAAGCUGACGGAUGCAGGGGAUGUAUUUUAUCCGGUUUACCAGAGCAUCCUCCGAGAUGCGAAGAACCUGGAAACCUUGAUCAUCCACGGUCAGGAUAUUGGUGAAGACGCUUUCGCCGAGAUCGGCCAUCUGCAAAAGCUGCAGGAGCUACAACUGAUGAUUCACAUCGAAAAGUUAGAUACGGUGGAGAAACUGUCGCUUCCGAACUUGAAACGGCUCACGACCUUCGUGGGAUCCCUGGUUCCACUGGAAACGGUUCCCCAGUUGCGAUCAAUAUCGAUCAAGAAUCAUACGCCGUUUCGGAUGAGGUUCCUUUUCAGUGACGCCGAAAAGCUGAAGUCAUUCUUCGGAGCGUUCAACCAGCAGUUGGAAGUGCUAAGGCUGGACAAGAUCAGCACACUGUACAACACGUUCGCCAAGCAGAUCUGCACCAUGAUUCGACUCAAGGCCCUGGAAAUGGUGGAUGUGGAAACGGAACAACAGGAUAUCGAGUGGAUCCUUGGUUCGCUGAAGCAGUUACGGAAGGCGCACUUCAUACGGUGCAAUUUGCUGCGGAAGGUGGUGGAGGAGACUAACGAUCAAUUUUUCCGGAAGCUCCGACGUCAGAACGAGGACUGCCAGAUUGCGUACGUGACGGCUGCUUCCCGCUGA